CUCUGAGCUCCGACAAUGGCGAAGCUGCCAGUGAUAACAGUAGGAGGUAAGGGCUCGUCUCUGUCGUCCUCAUCCGUCUACGCCAUAGCCGAAGGCCUCGCUAAGCCUCGCAUCGACUCGUCGGUGCUCAAUCGGUUCGCCUCCUCCUCGUCGCCUCUCAACGCCCACAACCUCUUCUCUUUCCUCCCCUCCCUCCUAACCGUUGUAGAAUCCAGAGCCUCCCUCGUCGUCCUUCUCAGCAAGCUCCUCUUUCUCGCCGGUUCCCCCAACAUCCGUAGUGAUCUUCCUGUUCGAAUCGCCAGAACCCUCAGUUCCCCAGGCUUGGAGCUCGGAUCGCUCGAUUUGACCGAAGAGGAGGCUCUUGCGUUGGAGGAACUCAAGUUAUCCUCUGCUGUGUGCGCGAUAUGUGCGCUUCUGGACCACCAGUCCGCCACUUUGUCUACUUUUUCCGAUGCAGUGGCGGCGAUUUCUUGCGAGGCUUUGAAGGCCGACAUAACGGCAUUUAAUUCGAUGGAUUCAGGGGAUGGGUAUGCCUCGAAAGAGGUGAUUGCGGUGGCCAGUGAUUUGAAGGUCUUGCUCAAUGGGUCUAAGUUAGUGGGUAAGCUUCAAAUUGGAGCGGUGUUGGGAAUCCCCCAAAUUCACGCGAAAUUGAGAGAGCAAGUGAAAUCUGUGCACUCCACGACUCGAACGGUGCUGAAUUCUGGCGGGGAGGUAGAUAGUCUCUGGACAGUGGGGACCGCUUUGUUGUCAGUGGCUUUGGCGCUUUAUCACUUGGGUGACCGUAGUUUGUCCCGUGUGAAGAUGAUUGUGGAUGAGGUGGGGAGUGAGGAUUUAAGGUCAAGUUUGGUCGCAUUGUUUGAGAAGAAAUGCCCAAGUAGCGAAAGCUUGAGAAGUGGGUACAACUUGGUUUCCCAAUUGAGUUCUGAGGCGGAAGAGAAUUAUGAUAAGUUUGCUUGCGAAGUGAAUGUGUUGAUGGGAAUUGUGUGGAAGAUUGUGACUUGGGAGGCAUUAAUGGCAUUUGUGGCGCUUGAGGGAGCUGAGUUGAACAAGAGUGAAGGUAGUGAAGUGAAUGGAGGAGGGGAUGUGAAAGUGGACAAGAGGAGUGAGAAGAAGAAGAAGAAGGUGGUUUUGGGUAAAGGGACUGGUGUUGUAGUACAGUUGAUUAAAGAUAGGUUGCAGGGCAAGGGAGGAAAUGCUGUUGAUAGUUUGGGGUUGUUGGUAAAUUGGGUGGACGAGUUUUUAUUGUUUUUUGACCUCAAGAACCCGGAAUUUGAUUGUUUUUUGAGCAAAGUGAAGGAGAUAGUGGAAAGCAAUGAGAGUAGAAGACUCCCAAAGAUUGCAAAGGGUACUCGUGACUUCUCAAAAGAGCAAAUGGCAGUAAGAGAGAAAGCAUUCUCAAUAAUUGUAGGGGUCUUUCAGAGGCAUGGUGCCACUGCCCUUGACACUCCAGUUUUUGAAUUGAGAGAAACCCUGAUGGGGAAAUAUGGGGAAGAUUCGAAAUUGAUUUAUGAUCUUGCUGACCAGGGAGGAGAGCUUUUAUCACUACGAUAUGAUCUAACCGUUCCAUUUGCUAGAUAUGUAGCUAUGAAUGGUAUCACAUCUUACAAAAGAUACCAAAUAGCAAAGGUCUACAGAAGAGACAAUCCGUCCAAAGGACGAUAUCGUGAAUUUUACCAGUGCGACUUUGAUAUUGCUGGCCAAUUUGAAAAAAUGGGUCCAGAUUUCGAAGUUAUUAAGAUUUUGACAGAACUUCUUGAUGAGCUGAACAUUGGAGAUUAUGAGAUUAAAUUGAAUCACCGAAAGUUGCUGGAUGGAAUGUUGGAAAUCUGUGGAGUGCCUCCUGAAAAAUUCAGAACUAUUUGUUCAAGUAUUGACAAGUUAGACAAGCAGUCUUUUGAGCAGAUAAAAAACGAAAUGGUGGAAGAGAAGGGCUUAAGUGUUGAGACAGCAGACAAAAUUGGUGCUUUUGUAAAAGAGCGUGGACAUCCUCUGGAACUUUUAAGUAAGCUUAAACAGGAAGGCAGCAAGUUCUUAGAAAACAUUUCAUCGGUAGAUGCAUUGAAUGAUCUGGGGAUAUUAUUCAAUGCUUUGGAAAAAUCAAAGUGCAUAGGAAAAGUGGCUUUUGACUUAAGUCUUGCAAGGGGUCUCAAUUAUUAUACUGGAGUAAUAUUUGAAGCUGUUUUUAAGGGGGGUGCCCAGGUUGGUUCAAUUGGUGGUGGUGGACGCUAUGACAACCUUAUAGGGAUGUUUGGUACAAAGCCGGUUCCAGCUGUUGGUGUGAGCCUUGGAAUUGAACGAGUAUUUAAUAUAAUGGAGCAGCUUAACAAAGACCAAAAUCAGAGAACACGAGCAACGAAGACUGAAGUCCUAGUGAGUAUAUUGGGGGAUGAUUUAGGACGAGCAGCAGAGCUAUCAAGCGAGUUGUGGGGUGAAAAAGUGAAAGCAGAAUUCUUGGUGAAUAAAAGAGUGACGAAACACUUUGAUCGAGCAAAGGAGUCUAGGAUCCCUUGGAUGAUAAUUGAGGGUGAACGGGAGCGGAAUGAUAAGACUCUGAGAUUGAAAGACAUGGAAGCUGCCGAGGAAAUCACAAUUUCUAGGGAUAGAAUUGUGGAAGAAGUUCAAAAACGGCUGGGUUCAUCAUAAUUUAAUGUUUGAAGGCGCCAAAGAUGUCAAACCAGAUUACCCUAAGUUUUAAUCCAUCUUUUUGUUUUGUUUUGGUACACCGUGUGUGGGUAUGCUUUAGAAACUGUAUUUUGUUAAAGACGCUAUGUUGCUGAUUGAACUUGAUAAUACAAAAUCACCGUUUCCUCAA